UCAGGUAAUACAUCAUGUCUCAGAGAAACCCGGACAAUAUCCGACGCAGCAAACGUCAACAAGGGGAUGAUCCUACUCCCAUCUUAGUGAAGGUAACUAAAAAACGCAAGCCGAAAGGUCAGAAACGUGGUGGUGAUGGGGAUGGAGAUGGAGAUGUAGAAUCUUCACAAGUUGUUGGAAGAACUGAUAAAUUACAAGACACUGGAGUAGAAGAACAAGAAGUAGAAGCAGAACAUAGAGAACAAGAAGAAGAAGUAGAAGAAGAACAAGAACAAGAGGAGGUUGAAGAAAAUGUCUCUCCACAUAUUCAAGAAGAACCUGUGGCUGGUUCCACUGAUGAAGUUCAACCAGAGAAGUCAGAUGGCAAGAAAAAGAAAACUAGGGGACCAAGUAGGAUGCGUAGAGUUGCUACACAACCUGAUGAAUUAUUGGAUAUUGAAUUCGCAUCUGUGGGUGAGCAUGUGGGAAGUGGAUCAGUGACACUGUCCUCUUUUCUUGGUAUUUUGGUGAGAGAACAUGUACCGGUUCUGCUUGAUGACUGGAGGUAUCUAAAAGCUGAGACAAAAGAUGCAAUGUGGGAAGAAAUUCAGGCUAGGUUUAAUUUGAAUGAAGAGUGGCACAAAGACUGUGUUUUCAAGCAGAUGAAUUCUAGUUGGAGAAGUCACAAAUCAAAGUUGUCUACACUAGUAAGAGCUACAACCAGCAAGACUGAGAUUCUGCAGUUAAGACCAAGUAACAUACCGUCUGUGACAGCUUGGAAAAAUUGGGUGAAGAGUAGAAAAAGCUCAGCUUUUAAGGUUAUUAUUUGAAUUUAUUUUAAAUCUGUUAUUGGAAAUAUUAUUAUUCUAA